AUGUACUCGCUGUUCUCCGAGAGGGAGAGCUUGCUCUCCCCCACAGCGGGGGAUGAAGCCCCCCCCCCAACCUUCCGGCGGCGGCUGUACGACCUCCUGGAAGCCAACACCAAGGUUUGCACGGUGGCCCUUUUCACCACCGAGUACAUCCUGCGGUUCUACUCCAUCGUCGAGGCUACAGACUCCAGCGGGCGGGCCCUGUACUCGGGCAUGAAGGGGAGGCUGGUGUGGGCAGCGACGGAUUUCUACUCGUGGGUGGACCUCGCCAGCAUCGUACCCUUCUACGUGGAUAUGGCUGUGGCGCAGGACCUGCCCGCCACGCAGUUCAUCCGGUUGGCGAGGAUGCUGCGCAUGAUGAAGGAGGGAGGCUUCGGCGAGGCCUUCGACGCCUUCGGAGAAAUCUACCGCAAGAAUAAGAAGAUCGUUACCACCAGCGUCUUCGUCGGCCUUACCACCUGGCUCAUGCUCUCGUCCUUCAACCACAUCGCGGAGAGGGAUAACCCCCGCAUGGUCUGGAUCUACCCAUCGUGCUACUCCCCCUACUCGGACGACGACGAGGGCGCGGGGCCCCGCGACGGUCGUCCGGACUGUCCCCACCGCUACGGGUCCAUCCUGUCGUCUUCCUAUUUCACGCUGCUCAACCUCUUCGGGGAGUUCCCGCUCAUGGACAACCACAGCACCGCGGGGCGUUUCAUCGGCGUGUUCACGGCUGUGGUGGCGGUGGCCGUUUUCGCGAUCCCGACCGGUAUCUUCGGCGCCGGGUUCGAGGACAUGAUCCAGCACAGAAAACAGGGCAAGCAACAACAGGAAGAUGAGCAAGCCGCCGCCUACGCCGGAGGCGCCGUCAACGACGCCGCUGGAGACGGCUCUGGCUCGUCCGCCGGGGGCUACUUCACCCUCGCCCCUGCCGCCCCGGCCGGACCGGACGGCGGCAACUCGGUGGACGUUUCCGACCACGCGUACGGCGGCGGCUCCGCGGUUGGGGGCGAUGCGAGUGGGGGAGGGGAUGGGUUCGAGUUCUUGGACACCAGCACGCGAGCCGGGAAGAGGUACCGCACGUUUGUGCUGGCGGUGGUCGUGCUGGACAUCCUGGCGUUCUUUGCGUCCACCACGUUCUAUUUGCAGGACGGAAGGCUCUUCGGCGCAGGCGUGGCCUUGGGCGCGCUCGAGAUCCUCUCCGUAGCCACGUUCACCAUGGACUACGCCGCCCGGGUCAUGAACGCCGCUUCCUCCUUGUCCUCCUCCGCCGGUGGUUGCUGCAGCGGCGGCGCCAUGCGGUACGUCUUGAGCUUCUACGGGGUGGUCGACCUCAUGUCGGUGCUGCCGUUCUUUCUGGGGCUUCCGUUCUGCGGUGGGCUGCGCGACCUCUCCCCGAAGCUGCUCCCGACUCUGGUCCGGUCUUGUCGGCUGAUCCGCAUGCUCAAGCUCGAGAGGUACGUGAGGGCCUUCGAGGUGUUCGACGACGCCAUCCGAGACCAGCACGACAUCCUCGCCGUCUCCGGCUUCUUCGCCCUUGUUGCCUGGGUCUUCGCCUCCUCUCUCCUGUACUACACGGAGAGCGAAGGACCGGACCCCAACAUGACCCCGUACUACCAGAGCGUGCCCAUGGCCAUGUGGGUCACCAUGCUCAACCUGGCGGGAGAGGCGCCCCUGUGCGACUACACUGUUUGGGGCAAGAUCAUCACGGGCGCCUUGGGCAUCUUCGGCGUAGGCGUUUUCGCCGUACCAGUGGGUCUCCUCGGAGCGGGUUUCCAGGAGUACGUGGAGGCAUUCCCCGACAAGGAGGAACAGGACACUCACAAGGGCAACCUGCCUAUCCGCGCUGGCCUCGCGUCGGGUACUUCCAACAGUUCGGCAGGCGAGCGGGGCUCUCCGGGGGGCAGUCGGCAAAAGCCCCUGAGGAAGCGCUUGCACGCCUUCCUGGAGGCUAGGACAACCUGGGGCAGGCGCUUCGAGGCCUUCAUCAUGUUCGUCAUCUUCGUCACGGUCACGCAGGUUAUCCUGAUGACCAUGCCGUCGGUGUGCGAGGACGAGAACCACUGCCCCACGGUCUUUGACAACGUGGAGCUCGUUGCCGUUGUGAUCUUCACGCUCGAGUACGCCGCUCGGGUGUACGCCGCGCCGGAGGCUUACCCGGAGAAGUCUGCCUGCAUGGCCCGUCUCCGCUACAUGGUGUCGUUCUACGCGAUGAUAGACUUCCUAGCCAUCUUCCCCUACUACGUCGCCCAAAUGUCCGCACGGGUCGACGAGUACGACAACUACCUCCGGCUGCUGCGGCUCCUCAGGAUCAUCAAGCUCGACAAGUACGCCCCCUGCGUGAGCUUGAUCGAUGACGUGUUCCGCCUCAAGUGGAGGGGCCUCCUCGUCGCUGGCUACGCGUCGGCGGUGAUGCUGGCGUGGUUCGGGUCGCUCAUGUACCUCGUCGAAAGGGACGACAACGAAGUCCAGAUUCAGUGCUACUUCGAGUCGCAGCGAUUUUCGUCGGUGCUGAACGCCCUGCAGUACGACCUCAUUCUCCUGACGGGGGACUACCCCCUCAUCGACUUCACCCUGCUAGGGCGUUACAUCAACUUCGUCCAGGUGUUGGAGGAGAGCAGGAACGCCAAGCACGCCAAGCGGAAAGCGGCGGCCGUUCUCCUGCAGAGACAGGUCCGGGGCCAUCUGGCGCGACGGCAGUUCCACUUGGUAGUGGAGGGCGCGCAGCAACAAGAAGAGGAGAGAAAGAGGCAGAAGCGCCUCAUGGAGCUGGACUACGAGGCGCACUUGCCGGUGUACGACAGGUCGAUGAGGAUCUGCUACCGGUUUUCCACCGGGGUCACCGAGGCCGGCAAGCUCUUCGAUGGUUUCGUCGCGGUGCUCAUCCUGCUCAACGUCGUGGCCGUCAUCGCGGAGUCGGAGCCGUCCCUCGGGGGCACGGGUGGCCCAUCGGAGGGGAGGUUCCAGACGUUCUUCGACGGCUUCGAGGCGUUUUCGGUGCUGGUGUUCACGGCGGAGAUCUCGAUGCGGCUCUUCAUCGCGCCCAUAUCGUCAAAGUACGCCUUCAGCAGGUGGAAGUACCUCAGCUCCUUCUUCGGCGUCGUCGACGUGGCUUCCAUCGCUCCAUGGUACAUCGAGACGAUCCUCUGGUCUGCUGGCGUCUACUUCGACGCCUCGGUCUUCCGGGUCCUCAGGCUCUUCCGGAUCCUUCAGCUGGAGCACUUCGUGUCGGCCUUCUCCCUCCUCGACGACGUGUGGACGGCGUCCAAGGACACGCUGGCGGCCACGGGGCUGCUGGCCCUGGUGGUGUGGGUGGGCAGCGCCUUCCUCUUCUACCUCUUCGAGAAGGACAAUAUGUGCACCGGGGAGGCUUUUAGCAGCAUCCCCGACGCCAUGUUCUACACGGCCGUUUUCCUCGGCGGAGAGUGGUCCGAGAUCGACUUCACCUGGGCGGGCAAAGUGUUGUGCUGCGUGCUGUGCGUCUUUGGCAUCGUCCUCUUCGGCAUCCCGGUCGGAACGGUCUUCGAGGCAUUCCAGGACGUGAUGCAGGAGGUCAAUGAGGAGGAAGAGGAGGACACACCUGGACGUGACGGGAGCGCGGGAGAGACGUACGGCAUCCAGAUCGGCUCGAGCCAAGCGUAGUGCUACUCCUCGUGU